UUUGUUUUCUUCUUUAGUAUCCGCUGUCAAAUGUCAUUCGUUUUUGUAAAAGAUAUUUGGAAAGAACUUUACAGGUGACACGAAAAGAAAACUCGAUUUUAUUAUAAUCAUGGAGAUCGCUCAUAAUUUCAUGGGCCCUGGUGCCACCAACACUAUGACGCGUAUCAAUGAAAAUGGAAACGUUGUGGGAACUAUUAUCGUUAACUGUGAAGGUUUCCCCGAGACUACAACACUGGACAGCUUGACGGCUGCUACGUACUCGAACCACUUGAGAACCUUGUCGCUCCAUGCAUCAAAUGCUCUCAAAGAAAUUGAUGUGACAGAUGAGCUGGUGGUUCUAAGACUGGUCUCGAAAAAAACCGAGGCAGUGGUGGCGCCUGAUGAAGAAUUCCACCUCAUUGUCGUCAUGAGGAAACAUUAAAACUUCUAUACUCUAUUUGGGCACAUUUAAAGAAACUUUUUGACUAUCAGUUCAACCGAUUUUCACUUCUAUACCGUAGCUAAAGGAUGCAAAAAAGAUGGUAACAAAAUCGACCAUUUACUGCAACCACCAUUUGUUGUUUCAACAACGUAAUAAGGGUCAAAAUCG